CCACUGCAUUUCCUGUUGGCAGCAGAGAGCAAGUGAAAACAAGCUGCAGCGGGCAGCGGCCCAGGCAGAAACGGCUCCCGCACGAUUCAUCGGAGCUUUCCCGAGGCCACGAUCCCAGCUCUCUGGCCUAAAGCGUUCAGAUUCCGACCGCGGUAAAGGCCGCCGCCCGGACCGGCGGCGACUUGACCGAGACCGCACUCCGGCAACAGGACGAGGGAGCCCCGCGCCGCCGCCCGCGCCCAGACCGCGCUGCGCCAAGGCUGCUCAGCGCCCCCUUUGGUUCGGGCUGGGCCUCGGGGGCGGCGGGCGCGGCGAACCGCGAUGCCGGGGCGCGCUCCUCUCCGCGUGGCCCGAGGGGCCCUGGGCUCCUGGCUGCUGGGCAGCCUCUGGGUCUGGGCGCUGGGCAGUCUUGACGGCCCGGGGGCGACGGCACUGGGGGCCGGGGGCUCCCCGGGGGCUCAGGGCCCGUGCCAGGCGCCACAGCAGUGGGAGGGGCGCCAGGUGCUGUACCGGCAGAGCACCGGGCGCAACAGCCGAGCCCUGCUCUCCUACGACGGGCUUAACCAGCGCGUGCGAGUGCUGGACGAGAAGAAGGCGCUGAUCCCCUGCAAGAGAUUAUUUGAAUAUAUUUUGCUCUAUAAGGAGGGAGUGAUGUUUCAGAUCGAACAAGUCACCAAGCAGUGCUCCAAGAUCAUCCUGACAGAGCCCUGGGAUCCUCUAGACAUUCCUCAGAACUCCACCUUUGAGGACCAGUACUCCAUAGGGGGGCCCCAGGAGCAGAUCACCGUCCAGGAGUGGUCCGACAGAAAGUCAGCGAGAUCGUAUGAAACCUGGAUUGGCAUUUAUACGGUCAAGGAUUGCUAUCCUGUUCAGGAAACCUUCACCAAAAAUUACAGUGUGAUAUUGUCCACACGGUUUUUCGACAUAGAGCUGGGCAUUAAAGACCCCUCAGUGUUUACCCCACCAAGCACGUGCCAGACAGCCCAGCCAGAAAGGAUGAGCGAGGACUGCUCCUGGUAAGCCCGUGGAUGUGGAAGUGACAGCACUGGACAUCAGCGGCCCCAUCUGGAACCGGAUUUGAGACUUGAGAGAUGAGAAUCUUCAUUGCAGAUAAAUAUAAUUUUAGGAAGAUAAACACUGAUGUGGCUUUUUUUUUUGUACUACUUGGACUAGGUUUACAAAAAGGAAUGGAAUGGAGAACAGGUGAUAGUAAGAGCUGAAGAGAUGGCUAACACGGGGACCUCAGACGUUUCCAAAGCCUGCCUAGGCUCUGCGCCUUCUGCGUGUCCAGGUGUACGGAGGCGCAGUGGCACACACUGGGGCGGGGGUCAGCAGGAGCGGUUUGCCUUGGCAGGGGUGAAUGUGUUGUUGCUGACGUUGCUGACAUUACUGAGAAGGGCUAGACUGCUGGCACGUAGUGAUCAUAAAAAGCAGAACGGCUUUGGUCAGUUUUAGCAGUAAUUUUAAGCUCUCUAUAGAUGAUGAUCCCGUUAUUGCCUGCGCCAGGGUAGUAAACGCGCCCACUGCUCCGUCCCUCCAGCACCUCGCCCCCUCACCCUGUGCUCUCUUGGCCACUGACACAGGGAUCCCUAAAAAUCCCUUCCGGAUUUAAGAGCUUUAUGGCAUGACCCAAUGGAUGUAAAUAUUUGGGAGGAAAUGAAAGGCUGUAACACAAGGUAAUUAUUCCUCUAAAGAUAUAUUUUGCACAGAAGAGUUUGGAAAACCUUCAUGUCUAUAUCUGAGUAAGCAUGAGCCACGUAUGCUCCUUUUGUUCUAUGCAAGAGUAUUAAUAUAUGUGCUUAGUCACCACCUAUUUGUCAGUAGACCUAGAAAGACAGGUAGCAUUGUAAAAAUAGCACUGAACUGGGAGGCAGGAGACCACUGUUUCUGAAACCCAGGACGAGAAGUCCCCUGUAUGGGAACUCCUUUGCUUCACUAGACACACUAUGCUUCUCCUCACCCGCAUCUCUUGGGCACUGCUUCACAACCUCUUGGUCUAUCUGACUUCUGCUCAUCCUUCUCAGGUCAGCUCACGCAUGGCUUUGGAGAGCUGCUCCCAAGCCUGGAUUGGGUGCACUUUGCAGCUGGAAUAUGCUAUUCUGACAAUACUUACUAGGCUGUGUCUAAAUUUCCUGCUUCCCAGACAUCCUCACUCACUAGCCUGGCUGUGAGCUCCGUGAAUACGGGUACCGUGUUUUGUUUACCUCUAUAUGCCCAGCACCAAGUGCCUGGCACGUGGUCAGUGCCCUAAACAUUUGUCGAGUGGAGAACGCUAGUCUCUCUGGUCCUUGCUUCCUCACCUGUUAAAUGGGAUUGGGUUUGCUGAUAUCUAGAGAGACUUCUAGUGACAAAAUUUAUUAUUCUAGAUUCCUUCUACUAUUGUGUUUUAUUUGGCCAUCUAUCUAUCCAUCAUCUAGUACCAGGAGAAAUGUGUGGCACCUAUAUGACGCUGAAAACAAUCUGUAUUACUCAUAGUUUAUCUAUAGUGCUUCAAUAAACAAAUUUAAUUGCA